GGCAGCGCAGACUCGAGGAAAGAGCCACUGCUGGAGGCCGGAGGAACUGGGGCGCAGCCUGGUCUGGGCCAGUGAUUGCAGCCGGAAGUGCCCAUGACCGAACUGGCGUCCUCCGGGGACAGGUCCCCUGCGGGGGACGGGGAGGAGGGCCUGGGGGACGAUCGAGGCCUGGUCAUCCACCACCCUGCGGAGGAGCAGCCGCACCGCUGCCCACUGUGCGGCCAGACCUUCUCGCAGCAGCCCAGCCUGGUGCGGCACCAGAAGGCGCAUGCCGGAGUGGGCCGCGCGGCCGCCUUCGUGUGCCCCGAGUGCGGCAAGGCCUUCAGCGUCAAGCACAACCUCGAGGUGCAUCAGCGCACCCACACGGGCGAGCGGCCCUUCCCCUGCCCCGAGUGCGGGCGCUGCUUCAGCCUCAAGCAGAACCUGCUCACGCACCAGCGUAUCCACAGCGGCGAGAAGCCGCACCAGUGCGCUCAGUGCGGCCGCUGCUUCCGCGAGCCGCGCUUCCUGCUCAACCACCAGCGCACCCACGCGCGCAUGCCCGCGCCGCACCCGCGCCGCCCCGGCGUCUUCGGGGAGCGGAGGCCCUACUUCUGCGCCCGCUGCGGCAAGAGCUUUGCGCGCGAAGGCUCGCUCAAGACCCACCAGCGCAGCCACGGCCACGGCCCCGAGGGCCAGGCGGCCCAUUUAGGCCGCGUGCUCUGAUGCGCGCUGGACCUGCCGCAUCCGUGACCUCUGGAGAUGGCGCUGGGCUUUGGCCCCCUCUCUGGCUGGGAUCCCGGGAGACGGGGAGGGCUGGCUUGGGGUCUCAAAGGAGUGGGCCGCCUCCUUCCGCUUCUUCUCCAGGACCCUCUGGCUGGCUGCACACAGCUGCUUUGGGCCCCUGCGUUGGUUUUCCUCCGCAGGCCCACCCGGCUUAGAGCAGGUGAGACCCGGCGCUGGCCAGAGCCCGGCUCAGGCGCUCGGGGUCAGGUGGGGACAGGUGAGGGAGGUGGGGCGUACUGAGCUCCUAGGUCUACGACUAGCUUCUUACUAGAUCUUCAUUCCCUGAAUGUCAGAGUUGAAAGCGACCUGGAGAGGGUACUCUCCACAAUCCUCAGGCCCACCCCCAGCCCCUAGGGUCUCCUGGCACCAGCACUUACUAUGUGGUACCCUUGAGAAGUCAUUUCACUUCAUGACCCAGUUUGCUUAUCUGUGAGUUGGGGCUAACGAUGAGGGGUCCUCCUCCCUGGUAUAUUGUGAGGAUUGUAAUUGCUGUUAGCAGACAAGA